GUGCUUCUUCACUCUUAUUUAUACACUUCAUUUCUUUUGUGGUUGCUGGCAAAGACUAAAGCUUAGCACAAAAUUUAAUAAUGAUAUAAUGCAAGUUAGAUUAGCUUAGCUACCUAGAAUUAUAUUUAUUCUACUUUUACCCCACCAUCCACUACUAUCUCUAGCUCUUACACAUACACUCUUUGCAUAUCAUAUACUCCUCCGUAUAGUACUAUAUAAUUCCCAAGUUGCAUGUAAUAAUAAAAACAUAGUUAUUCCCCAUUAUCACACGUACUCAAAUUAAUACUACUAUCUUGAGCAGAACCAUGAGUUAUGAGCCAAACACAACCCUCAACUUGAGCCUGCUAUCAUCCAAGAAUGAGUUCAAGCGGCUGGCGUGUCCAUCCGCUAGCUUGCCCGCUCCGCUAAGUCAAGCGGAGUUGCGGGUAUUUUCGUGCAACUAUUGCCGGAGGAAGUUCUAUAGCUCACAAGCCUUGGGAGGGCACCAAAACGCACAUAAGCUGGAGAGAACCCUAGCCAAGAAGAGCAUGGAGAUGAUGAACCUAGUAGACGUCCAGCCGUAUACGGAAUACAGCCCGCGGCUCAAACCGGGAACCACUAGACCGGGCUAUGGCCAAGGACAUGCAGCUAGGUUUGGAGAUGGUGCAAGCUUUGGAAUGAGGGAAGUGGUUUAUGGGUAUAGAAACGAGAAUGGGCACAAGCCUGGUGGGAAUGGUCAAGAGGAAUUUGGUCAACUUGACUUGUCUCUUAGACUUUAAUAAUGCGAUUGGAAUUGGUACGUUAUGAACUAAUUAUAAUUAUUUUUCAAAUGUUUAUUUACGUAUACUUUAGAUGGGGUUUGGAUCAUCAGUCACAGCUCUCAAGUAAGCGAGGCAUGCAUAGCUGUAUCAUGUAAUUGGUAUGUUUUUAGGUACAAGUUGUGUCAUAUGUGUAUUUGCAGCAAACUUUAAGUGUUUGUUUGUGGAAGUAAAAUAUUAUGUUCUUCCAUAUGCAGUAUGUAUUUCCUUACUUUCAGGUUUAUUAAUUGUAUUGUUUUUUAAGGGCCAUUAUUGUCUUCAUAA